CAACCACGGCAAUAAAGACAUUUUCCCGUCUUCGUAACCAAUAAAGCUAUUGAGGAAUUAGUGAGUUAUGAUUUCAAAAUACAGAUUUUUAUAAUUGAGACAGUUUACCUGGAGUAAUGCGUUACAAACGCAUUUCGAUUUUCAUCGUAAAAAGUAGAAAAAACAGCAAAUUCUAAUGUGUUUCCGUAACAUGAUAUAGUUUGUCAGUAAUUAAGUUUUAACCCUUCUUAAGAAAUAUAGCAUUUAUUUCCAGAUAUCUAAAAAAUCUUUUAGUAGACUAGUAGAAUGAUCUGGAGGCCAGUCCCUUUAAUAAACUCAAUGUGGAAAGUCACAAAUGUCAUAUUCUUUUUUCCCCACAUGAUAACCUUCCCUGGCGAAACAUCAAAAAUUCUACUUUCUUUUACUAGAUUAUAUGAAUAAGUCAAUUUGACUAACGUCUCCUAUACUAUAAACAACGUCCACGCGUUUACUGAAAUAUAAUGGUAGAUUAUUUGUAAUGAUAACGAUAAACAACAAAACAGCUAUCCAAACUGGGAUUCGAACCCAGGCCUACUGCUACUUAGUAACAGCCGUCCUUCCGCUAGACUAUUUGGAUGCACAACUGUUGUAUGUUGCUACAAUCACCAUUACGAUUUAGAGUUUUAGACUUGCAUUUUUUCUGUAAAAUGUCUGUCAAAAGGUUAGAGACUGUAAUAAAGAUAAAUGUUUUAAUGAUGUAUAACAGUGUAAAUUUCAUUACUUCAGAGGUACAAAACCCAAAGCCUAUGCCACUGCUGACGCCCAGAGAGAUCCUGUACAUCUGUACAAGCUGUACAGCCAGAAACGACCGGACGAAAUGUGCAAACCUGACAGCCCAUUCUUCCUUACACCAAAUGAUAAACCACAGAGAUGCUGGUUCAAAAAAAACCCCACUUGGAAUAAAUAAACUUUACAACAUUAUGAGAGACAUGAAGGCUGAAGCAGGAAUUGAAAAUCCCAGAAUAACGCCUUACAGCUCCAGAAAACAUCUGGUUCAAACUCUAAACGAUGCUGGGGUCCCUGCCAACCAAAUCAUGCAAAUUUCUGGUCACAAGAAUGUGAAUUCUAUAAACAACUACAGUAAAAUCAACAACGACCAGUCGAGAAAUAUUUCUAAAAUACUGUCGAAUCAGAGAAAUGAAACCAACCUUCAAACUCAAGGAAGUGGUGCUGCCAGUGCUCCGGAGCCAUGGACUGGGCCUUUCGGAUCCAAUCGCUCUCGCAGUCUUUUUGCAAGCAGCACUUUCCACGGACCUGUGACUUUCAAUUUCCACAGUACAUCUGUAUCGGAAACACUGUCACAAAUGUCCACAGUUAACGUAGGCCGAAGUAAUGCAACUGCUGAAGAGUCCGUUUCCAACAUGCUCGAUUCGCCAGUUGCCACUGCCAGACCAUUCAAACGAAUAAGAAUGAUUCCAGAAAGUGACAGUGACUAACUGUAACACUCACGACACGAGAGUUUACAUAUAAGUCCAUUUAAAAUCCCACUGUUACACUGUUCGUAUUGUUUCUCCAGUUAUUUGUUCUAACUGUUUACCGAUUGACUGAAGUAAACAAAAUGGCGGACUCGA